GCCGGGCCGGGCCGGCGAUGCUGCCUGGACGAUGCUGUGGUUCCCGGUGAAGAAGAUCCGCAAGCAGUUCAAGCUGCUGCUGCUGCUGGUGCUGCUCACCUGUGCCGUGUGGUUCACCUACCUGCACAUCAGCCUGGUGCGCCAGGGCAGGGCGCUGCGCCUCCACUUCGCCUAUGGCAGAGAUGGUGAGCGGCUGGGCGAGGUGACAGAUGCUGGCAGGCGGGCAGCCGGGGCUCUUGCCUCUCCUCAGCAGAGGAAGGCCGAGGACUCCAAUGAGAGCCGGGAGGAGGAGCAGAUGAACGAAGGGCAGGAUGGUGACAGCUGGUUUCCACGAGGUCAAAGACCAGACCGAGCUGGAAGGGCCCCUGUCCUGAACAUGACCAAGCAUGUUCUGCCCUGGAAUGACCAGUACAAAGGGAAGGCAAACCUGCACGUCUUCGAGGACUGGUGCGGAGGGGCUGUGAGGCAGCUGAGGAAGAACCUUCACUUCCCGCUUUUCCCUCAUUCUCGCAUGACAGUGAAGAAACUAGCUGUGUCACCCAAGUGGAAGAAUUAUGGGCUGCGGGUCUUUGGCUAUAUCCACCCCUUCAAGGAUGGGGACUUCCAGUUCUCUGUGGCAUCAGAUGACAAUUCAGAGUUCUGGCUCAGCUCUGACGAGAGUCCGGCCAACACUCGGCUGGUGGCAUUUGUGGGAAAGCUGGGCACUGAGUGGACAGCUCCGGGGGAGUUCGCCAAGUUCAGCUCUCAGGUCUCCAAACCGAUCCGCCUCAUGUCCUCCCGACGCUACUAUUUUGAGUUGCUCCACAAGCAGGAUGACCGGGGAUCAGACCAUGUGGAAGUGGGCUGGCGAGUUUUCCUCCCUAGCUUGAAGUUUGAGGUGAUCGACUCCCCUUACAUCUCACUCUACACAGAUGAAUCCACGCUGAAGAUGAACCAGGUGGACCACAUCCCACAGUCCCAUGCCAGCCAUACUGGGAGCUACCUCUGGGAGACGCAGAGGGAUGAGCAUGGGGCCGAUAUGCUCAGAUCCGACCCCAGGGACACCUUCUUCCUCACUCCCCAGAUUGAGGCAUCCCGUGUGGAGAAUGUCCUGGUGCCCUGCGCUUACAGCCCCACCUAUGUGGUGAAGGAUUUCCCUAUUGCCCGCUACCAGGGCCUGCAGUUUGUCUACCUCUCAUUCGUGUAUCCCAAUGACUUCACCCGUCUCACCCACAUGGAGACAGAGAACAAGUGCUUCUACAGAGAGUCCCCUCUGUACCUGGAGAAGUUUGGCUUUUACAAGUAUAUGAAGAUGGAUGAAGAAGAGGAAGACCCUCGCCAGAGAGCAUUUCUCUUCCUGAACUCCGACAAUUUCCUGGAAGAAGAGGAGGAAGGAGCAGAUAGCCCCGAGCCCACAAACCCACCUCCCGAUGCCAAGAAGAGGAGGCCAGCAGUGCCAAACUCACGCCUGAGCACUGGGUUCAAGAGGAAAGAGAUACCUCUGACUGCAAGGGAUUAUGGGGAUGACGUGGACUACUACACCUUCCGCCACAAGCCAGGGAGGGUUAAUGAUGAAGGAGCACCACCAGGGCAGCCAAUAGCCUGGGAUGCACAUGAUGGAACCAGCCCCAGCUCCCUAGCCAUGGCCGGGGGUUUCCAUGACAAUGAGAACACUGCCCUUGCACAAGAGCAGACUGUGGUCCAUGGCCGAUCUCUCAGCUGGAUGCCCAAGGAGCCAGAUGAGGGAGAUGAGGAUGGGCUGGGGCUGCUGUCACCAUCAAAGCGAGGCAGCUCCCUGAAUUUUCAGCCCCACCUCUCCGUCCCCAUCUUCAGCAGCAAAGCCAAGGCUCCCAAGGAGGAGAAGAAGGCCAAGGAGGAGAAGCAGCCCAAGAAGGAGCCCAAGAAGCCCCAGGAGAAAGUGUACGUGACCCGGCUGCAGCCCAAGAAGCGCAAGGCCCCGGUUCAGGAAGCUGCUUUCCCCGGGGUCUUCCUGUACCCCAAACCACUAAGGAAGGUUCACCUCCACUCUAAGGCCCCACAGCGGCAUCCUGCUCCCUCCAGCAAGCUAAACACCAUCCCCAGCCACAGGUCACCAUGGCUUAUGGACCACCUCUCCAGGGAGAUAGAGCUUUCCAAGAGGAAGAGUCCUAAAGCCAGAGGCACGAAGUGGGAGCAGCUCUACAAGCGAGAGGACCCAGGGGCCAGGGGCAAGCAGCGAGUGCGACCCAGCAUCCUAACACCCAAGGCAGAGGGACUGUUCAGUAAGGAGGCCCUUGAGGUCACCGCUGCCUCCCCAGCCAGGGCCGUAGGGGUAGCUGCCAUGGAUUACAACUCCUCAGAGGUGGCCCUGUCAGAGGGGACCAGGGUGACAUCCUUCCUGCGGAUGUCAGAGAUGACGGAGUCACAGCAGGAGGAUGGGAAGCACCUGGGCAAGGGCCCAGAGGAGGGGGAGGAAGAGGAGUUGUCAGACUACAGCUACGAGAAUGCAGAGCUGCAGCAGAGCUGGCUGGAGGAUGCUAUCAACUGGCAGAGGACGUUCAGCGUCAGCUCGAUGGAUUUUGAGCUCCUGCGCUCUGACUGGAAUGACCUGCGCUGCAACGUGUCAGGCAACUUGCAGCUGAGUGAGAGUGAGGUGGUGGAUGUGGUGGCCCAGUACAUGGAGAAGCUCAACGAGAAGAACGGGGGCAUCUACACCCUUCUACGGAUUGUCAAUGUGGAGAAGCGGCGGGACACGGCCCGCGGGAACCGCUACCUGAUGGAGCUGGAGCUGAUGGAGAGGGGCCAGAGAACUGUGCGGCUCUCAGAGUAUGUCUACGUCCUGCUGCACCAGGGCAAGCAAGAUGACAGCACCGAGGCCAACCCUGAUGGCCCAGCCCUCAUGGCCACUGAGUCCCAGCCUCAGCCCAGCACCUGGAACCUGCUCUAUGGGAAGCCCAUCCUGUGCCGGCCCCUGCGCCUCAGCUGGAGACAGGACGUCAUGGUGCACUUUGUGGUUCCUGUGAAGAACCAGGCCCGCUGGGUUCAGCAGUUCAUCUCAGACAUGGCCAGCCUGUACUGGGACACCAAGGAUGCCAACUUCAACAUCAUCCUGGUGGACUUUGACAGCGACGACAUGGAUGUGGAGAAGGCACUGCAGGAAGCCCGGCUGCCUCGGUAUCAGUACUUGAAGCGCACAGGGAACUUUGAGCGCUCAGCAGGACUGCAGGCUGGGGUGGAUACCAUUGAGGAUGGGCGCAGCAUUGUGUUCCUCUGUGACCUGCACAUCCACUUCCCCCUUAACAUCCUGGACAGCAUCCGGAAACACUGCGUGGAGGGCAAGAUGGCCUAUGCACCCAUUGUCAUGAGGCUGAGCUGCGGCAGCUCUCCACAGGAGCCCAAUGGCUACUGGGAGGUGAAUGGGUUUGGCCUCUUUGGGAUCUACAAAUCUGACUUCGACCGGGUUGGGGGCAUGAACACGGAGGAGUUCAGAGACCGCUGGGGCGGGGAGGACUGGGAGCUCCUGGACAGGGUCCUUCAGAGCGGGUUGGAGGUGGAGCGCCUGCGACUCAGGAACUUUUACCAUUACUACCAUUCUAAGCGCGGCAUGUGGAACUCGCGCAGCAAGAAGACACCAAAAGACUAAGCCCUGGGCCCUGUCACCAGCUGCACCCUCAGAACCCCUUUGUGCCCCGGUUAGGGCAGGGAGGAGGAGGGCUUUCAGCAGAGCCGGCCACCGGGGCUUUGCUGCCUUGAGAGUCAUCUCCACACUGCCGCACAUGCUUCUGACACCACACUGAAGGCCAGGAGUAAAGGGCCCUGCGAGCCAGGGAUUUUGGCAGAGCUGAUAAACAAACUGUGGUUACUUUGGGGGGUGGUGAUUUUUCUUAAGGGUCUAAUUUCUUAGUCAGAAAUGAAUUUAUUAACUCAUUAGCACUGGGGCACCAGGGUUCCUGCCAGAGGGAGGUGAACCCCUGCCCUGGGCUGCCUCUGGCCCCUCAGGGAGUGGAGCAGUGAAACAUGGCCCAGAGUGAGCCCCACCUUGUAGAUGCAGGGCCUGGACAUGAGGCAAGCUGGUGGCAGCCCUGGGAUGCCCUGUGAAGAGGAGAGGGAAACGGGGCUCUCAGCCUGGCAGCUCAUGUCCCUUCCUGAACUUGAAGACCCAGCCUAAGGUACAUGGCAGCUAGGAGGAACCCUAUCUCACAGACCCGCUUGAGCCUGCCUGCUGUUUCUGUUCACCUCUGUGUCCCCUCGUGGACCAUAUGAGAUCCGUGCACGCUUCCUUCAUGUGGCUGGUGAAAAUGAAUCUACCCAACUCUCUAGGAGGCUGGGGGUGAAUGGUACAUGCUGUGUCCCUCUUCCUGCAGGUUUCCCAAGGGAGACAGGACCCUUGCUGAGUCCCAGAGGAAGCUUCCCAGCAUGGCUGCUCAUGAUGAGAGCGUGGGUCCUUGGAAGGUCAAUGGCAAGUUGGGCUGGUCUGUGAGCAGGGCAGUUCUCUGCCCUGUGGUGCUCUGAGGGGAGGAUGCAUGCAGGGCAGGGCUGAUCUAGUGCCAGUGGAUAUUCGCUGCUCCUUGGUAAUCAGGUCCCAUACCCUGUGGAUCAGGGGCUUUCUUAGUCUGAAAUUUCCAGGCCCUGGAUCUACAUCAGCAUAAGACUGGGGUCCAGAUACUCUGAGCAGCUCCCAGGACUGUUAGUGAGGGGGUACCCAGGCCAGACUGGCACGGUGGGUCCUUUUGCUGUGUCCAGGAGUCAGGCAGUGGCCUAGUCCUCAACUGGAAUACAUAUUCAUUGGGCAUCUCUCAUGAGUCUAGCUGGAAGGAGCAUGGUGAAGACCGGUCAUGAGGGCCCCUGACAGAGACCCAGCUUGCCCCUCCUUGUGCCCUCCAUGCCAUGCUCUAAGACCUCCUCUCAUCUGUCUCAUCUUUUCUCGAAUACACCAAAGGCCUCCAUUGCCUGGGCAUAAUUCAGACACCAGCUGUGGCACAGGGCUCCAGCAGGGGGUGAGCAGGCAGGUUGGUGUCUUCUGGGGGUGGGGAGAUUUAUUGUCACGUUACAUGGCACAUACAGAGCCCCAGUGGCAUCUGCUCUGGUGUGGGGGAUUUCAGAGGCACAGAAACCAAACCUAGCAGCCUCUGACCAGCUGCAGGUCUGAAGUUGAGCUGGACUGUGUGAAAUCAGCUGCUGCUAGCUCUCUUGAGAGACAGAGGAGGAGGGCAGCCUUGAGGCAGGAGGGACAGGACCUCUCGGAAUAAGGUCAGCACUGCCAUGUACAAAGGAAGCCAGUGCAGUGGGAGCACGGUGUCAGCGAGGAACAGCAUGGGAGAGGCCGAAUUUUGUGUAGCAAACCUGGCAAAGGCCAGGACCCAUCUUCUUGCGCCCAGCACAGGGAGAGAAAUCAUCAGCCAGCCAUGCCAGCUGACACUGCUGUACCCCUGUGGCAUGGAGAAGGGGAAGAGGUGAGCAGGGACCAUUCAGCUACUAGCCCAGGCUCACCAUGGUCAAGGGGCGAGGACAGGGCAGGCUAGGCUGCCCCCCUCUCUGAGCAUUGGCACUUCUGUCACAGCCCUCAGGAGAGCUGGGGAGAUGGCUUUGCCCUCGGGGAGGGCACAGGGCAGGGCCUGAGGCAGGAAUGGGAGCAGGGAGGACAAACAAGGUUUCCAAGCUAAUUUCUGUGAAAUUAUGAGGUAGGAAGUUGUUUUCAGGAAGUUAUGUCUGUUUUGGGGUUUUUUUAUUAUUAAAUAAAAUAAAUGUCUUGG